CCCCCGCCCCGCACCGCCAGACACCGCCUUCGGUCGGUGCUGCGGGGCGGCCGCGGGCGGGAGCUGCUGCAGGGCCGGCUCCGCGCACAGGCUGGAGGAGGAAGGGGAUUCAGUAAAAUCGCGGCCGGCCGAAAUGGGGAAGCACCUGGAAGAGCGGCGAGGAGUCUGAUCGUUCUCCUGACGUGCGCUUGCUUUGUGCUGGGACCUGCGACGGAGUAUGUGUGCUUUUGUCCCUGUGCAAAGCCGCCCAGUCUCACUGCUGAACACAGCUAUGUGCUGAAGUUGGAGGUCUGACAAAAUGGGAGCACUUGUGUUCUCUGUGACUUGCACUUUACUUCUCGCUCUGGUGCGAGGGCACAGUUUAUUCACAUGUGAGCCAAUUACUAUUCCCAGGUGUUCAGGAAUGCCUUACAAUAUGACUUUUUUCCCAAACAUCAUGGGACACUACGAUCAGGACACAGCUGCUCACCAAAUGGAGCCUUUUUUUACAAUUAUGAAUCUUCACUGUUCACCAGACAUCCACACAUUUCUGUGCAAAGCCUUUGUCCCUGCUUGCCUGGACCAAAUUCAUGUGGUUAACCCUUGUCGAAACCUCUGUGAGAAGGUGUAUUCGGACUGCAAGCAGCUGAUGGACACUUUUGGAAUUACAUGGCCUGAAGAGCUGGAAUGUGCCAGACUAGUCAGUUGUGAUGAAACUGCUCCUGCUACUGCUGCUGUAACCACAAACAUACAUGGAACUCAGAAGACCCCAGGCCAGACCCGAAGGGAUUAUGGAUUCUGGUGUCCACGCCACCUGCACACUACCAAUGGACAAGGCUACAAGUUUCUAGGAAUUGAUCAGUGUGCACCCCCAUGCCCUAAUAUGUACUUCAAAAACUAUGAAUUGGAUGUUGCAAAAAGCUUCAUUGGAAUAGUUUCAAUCUUUUGUCUUUGUGCUACGCUUUUCACAUUCCUGACUUUUCUGAUUGAUGUUAAAAGGUUUAGGUACCCAGAGAGACCCAUCAUCUAUUACUCUGUCUGUUACAGCAUAGUCUCUCUAAUGUACUUCAUUGGCUUUUUACUUGGGAACAGAACUGCCUGUAAUGAGGCAGAUGAGAAGUUAGAAAUGGGUGAAACAGUUGUUCUUGGCUCCCAAAACAAAGCCUGUACUGUCCUUUUCAUGGUUUUGUAUUUCUUCACUAUGGCAGGAACUAUAUGGUGGGUGAUUCUUACCAUCACGUGGUUCCUUGCAGCGGGAAGAAAAUGGAGCUGUGAAGCCAUUGCACAAAAGGCCAUGUGGUUCCACGCAGUUGCGUGGGGAAUACCUGGUUUUCUAACCAUUAUGCUCCUUGCAAUGAACAAAGUUGAGGGGGACAACAUCAGUGGAGUUUGUUUUGUGGGUCUCUACGAUCUGGAUGCCUCUCUGUACUUUGUGCUUUUGCCGUUGUGCCUUUGUGUUUUUUUUGGUCUCUCUCUUCUUUUAGCUGGUAUUAUUUCUUUAAACCACGUGCGGCAAGUCAUACAGCACGAUGGCAGAAACCAGGAGAAGCUAAAGAAAUUCAUGAUCCGAAUUGGAGUUUUUAGUGGUUUAUACUUAGUGCCACUUGUAGCACUUCUGGGGUGUUACGUCUAUGAGCUGGUGAACCGAAAAAUCUGGGAAACGACUUGGGUAUUUGACCAUUGUGACCAGUACCAUAUUCCUUGUCCUUACCAGGCAAAGGCACUAGCAAGACCAGAAAUAUUUUUGUUUCUGAUGAAAUAUUUGCUGACAUUAAUUGUUGGCAUAUCUCCAGUCUUCUGGGUGGGAAGUAAAAAGACUUGUUCAGAAUGGGCCAAUUUCUUCAACAGAAACCGUAAAAGAGAUCCAAUCAGCGAGAGUCGAAGAGUGCUACAAGAAUCAUGUGAAUUUUUCUUGAGGCACAAUUCCAAAGUUAAACAUAAAAAGAAGCACUACAAAUCAACUUCACACAGACUGAAAGUCAUUUCGAAGUCAAUGGGGACUAGCACGGGUGGCACAACAAAUCAUGGAACUUCUGCAGUAGCGAUCACUAAUCAUGAUUACUUAAGCCAAGACACUGUUGCAGAAAUUAAAACCUCUCCAGAGACAUCUGAGAAAGAGACAGAGGCUGAUGGAACAUCAGCCCGGAGGGCUGAGGAAGGUGAAAACAGUGGAGAUCAAAUGUUAUCUAGUUCUAAACUGACAGUGGAUCAGGUGGAAAGAAGAAACAAAGCAGAUAGCACGUGUGAUAUGAGUAGCUUGGCUGAGAGUAUGAAGAGAGUAGGUGAAGGAAGAAUAACUCCUAAAAAUGAUUUUAUUGAAUCUUCUCCAUUACUAAGCAGCUGUUCCCAAGUACCUGAUGUCUCUCAGUCAGGUUCUGUAUCACUGCUUGUCUACUCAGCUUCAGACAUCAGAAGAGAGCUGGAUUCAGGAAACAGUUAAAACCCUUGAAAGACUGAUGUUUUAUAUUAACAUUUUCAAUGUAUAAAACUGAUUUGGAUUCCAUGUUACACUGGAAAUAACAAGAUAUUCUGUGCCUUAUUAAAAACCACACGUAUCUCGCUUUGCACUUAAAUGUAAGUUUUGUUAUGGGGACACUUAGCAAUAAUGUACUAUAUUUUUUAUCCUACCCAGGAAUAAUGGAAAUUGAAGUUCUGUAGAACACAGCUGGAUUGACUAGCAGUAACUUAAGAAAACUAUGAGAGAAAAAUUAUUCCAAAUAAAAAGAAAACUUUCUUAUGAAUUGCAUUACUGUAAUGCUUAGAAAGCACUGUUACUUUUAAAGGCAUGAAAGUAUCAUCUGCAUUUUUUAUGGUUUUUAAAUCUUAUAAAUUUUUCUCCUUUGUACUAUGUUUUAAACAGCAGUAUCACUUAAAUAAGGGAUACACAAAUUUAUAAAUAUUCUAAAUUUUGUGUCACGAUGUAUCAAUUAUAGCACUGUUUUAUGGUAGCUUGUACACUGAAUAUGAAAGGGAGUCUGGAGUUGUCAUGAUUUAUUUUGUACAUAAAAAUGAAUUUUGUAAAUAACUGACUGCAUAAGGUCAAUAUUUAGAACUACUGUUUUGUAUGUAUUGUACAAACUUGGUGAAGUUAACAUGCUUCCCUUAGGUGUUACUGAAGUCAACAGCACUGUGGUGAUCAGGCAGUGUUACUCAGUUUUGAGUAAAGCAGAUUGUAACUUCUAUAUAGACAUGUACCAAGCACUGUGCACCUGGGGCAAGACUGGUCAGACACCUGUGCAUCCUGUUGCAGGGAUAAUGCGGCACUGCUAAUGCUCCCCUGAGCCCCUCCUGCUCUGGUGUCCAGUGCAUCGUGCCAGAGAAAAAACCACUUCCAGUCCCUGGUGGCAUGGGGGACAGAGUCUGAAGUGUACACUUCAGGUUCUUUUACUGAGCUGCAGUGAAGGUGUAUGUUUCGUGUUGUUUCUAUGCAAGUAACUUAAUGUUUUUUUUAAUUCUGUAGAGAAAUAUCUUGCAGAAAACACAUUGUUACUAAUAUACAGGCUUUUUAAACAAUAUAUUUACUGAAGAUGAGAUACUUGUUCUACAAAGCUUAAUUUUCUAUAUGCUACAGCGAUAUUUUUAUUUAAUCAAAAAGGCCUUAAUACAUGUAGCCUUUCUUAUGAUAGGAUGAGUCUCAAGAGCAAGUACUACUGAUGUGGAUAGGAAUGUCAUUGUUUGGCUCUUAGGAAAACCUGGCUCAAAUGUAGUCAAUGUGAUUUAUUACUUGAGGUAAUUUGGAGUCAGUAUUUUGCUGUUUUCUGAACCUAAAUGCCAGUGCAUUUUGUAAAACUCUUCACCAUCUUGCAUUUGAUUACUAAUAGGAAUAUUUUUAUACUACGCAGAGAAAUCACUUUGUUCCAAUUUGGGCAGCAUUCAUGGAAAUCCUUUGAAUAAUCAAGCAAAAUGGCAUAGUACAAAGGUCAUGUAAAUGCUGAAUCAAUAGGAACUAGAGUUCUGGUAAACCAAAGUUCCUUGUUUUAUCCAUGUAUUUAAAAUUGAAUGUAUUUACCUUUCUAUUACAGCAUCUGCAUUUUAGCAUUUGUAAUUUAUUGCCUUAUGUAGGACAUGCUAUUUCUUUUAUAAAUUCCUUAUUGUUCUUGCUGCUGAGAAGGACAGUGAGAAAGAUCUGAAAAAUCUCCUGUGAAAAUGCACACUAAGUACCCUUCAUUCUUGUAGUCAUGUUUGUAAUGGGUAACUUUAUACACAUAUUCAGUAGUUUCUUUAUUACUGUCUUUGUUAGUAAUAAAAUAUACUGUUAUAUAGCAA